UCUCAUAUUAUUUUAUUUUAUUUUGAUUUCCAUCCACUAUAUAAUAAAAUUUCUCAUUUUCUCUCUUUCGAACUCGAAUCGAUGUCUUUGCUUCCUUUUUUUGUCUUCUCACGAGUUAACAUUGUCGGACAAAAAAAUCAACUCUUCCAAAUUGCGAUAAAAUCGUCAAUUCCAGAAUUUCAAAAAGGCAUUAUAAAGUCAUCAUUAUAAUUAGGCCUGGGCAUUUUACCCAGAUCCGAAGACCCGAACCAUAACCGACCCGAAAAUACAGGUUCGGAUCCGGGUCCGGAUCCAUGCUAAGUAUCUAUUGGAUCUUUUUUUUUGGACCCGCGGGUCUCGGUUCUGGUCCGGGUCCUACCCGAGACCCGUUCGGAUAUCCGAAGUACCCGCAAAUAAUGGUAUAUUUUGGGUUUUCGGGUCUGAUUUUGGAUAAAUUUUUGGGUAUUUUUGCGGUUCUUCGGGUAUUUUUAAAGUUUUCGGGUUCAGUUCGGGUAUUUUAGAUCUAUUUCGGGUCCUAAAUACCCGAACCGACACGGAUCCGAAAUAUACCCAAAAAUUUUGGGUAUUUUACGGGUAUUGAAAUUAUAGACCCGAACCGAUCCGGACCCGACCAGACCCGAUCCGGAACCGACCCGAAAAGUUAUAGGUACCUAUAUGGGUCUAAAUUGCUAGGACCCGAAGGAUCCAGAUCCGACAAUACCCGACCCGAAUACCCGGAUGCCCAGGCCUAAUUAUAAUUUCUUUACAAGACUUUUGAAUAGAAACAAAUUUUUUUUUCCGUACUCACUAUAAGAAAAGUGAGGGUUAACGUAACGACGCAUGCAUUCGUUAUAAAUUCGUCAUAAUGAACUUUACAACGAAUUAACAAUGAAACACGACUCGUCGCUAAAUGCGCAUAGUAUUUAAUUGUUUUACUACACAUAGAAGAUAAAAAAAUGUCACUAUACAUAUUUUAAUUAUUUACCCAAUGACAUAAUUUAAUUCAUUUGACAUAUAAUAAAGCCAAGCUAAAUAUCUCGGUAAAAAAAUUCAAGCAAACUAGUAGUCUUUUUCAAAAUAGUAAUAAAAUAUUUAAGUUUUGACUAUAGAUACAUUAUUUCAUAUGAUCAACUACUUUCAACAAAUUUAAACCGAUAGUAAUUCUACAAAUUCAAUCAAUUAAAAUUUAUAAUUUAGCAUUACUAAAAAAUAAAAAUAAAUAAAAUUAUUAAAAGUUACAAAAAAAUCUUUUAAAAACGGAAAGAAUAUUAUUUAAUUUGUAGUGUAACUGGCAAUAAAAGAGAAAUUCAUAAAUUCUACAAGCUCUAACUUAUAACACAUUGUUUAAUUAGUCCAGAUACAAUCCCUUAUAUAUUAAAAUGCAAGUCGCUUGGCGAAUCAAAAAGUGACAUGUGGAAUAUGUAUAAAAAAAAUUAAUAAUGUCAAUACAAAAAAAAAAAUUCGAUUCCAAUUUUUCUCAACAUCCAAUAACUAAAUCCCUAAAAAAAAUCGGAUUAUCAAUACCACGUUCAGAAAAACCAUAAACACCACGUUCAAAAGUAUUGAUCAUGAUUCAAAACUGUUAAUUGUAUCUUCCAUAUAACCUUCCAUCUAUUAAUUUUACUCUUUGUUUGAUCUCCUUCUCUCCUACGUUAUCUCAUUCUUCUUCUCCAUAGAUUCAUUUUUUAAAAGGAAUUCAUAUUAAAAAGAUAAAAAAAAAAAUUUACAGAUUAAAAAAGAAGAAGAAAACAUAUAAAGACACAGAAAGGGGGACGCAUGAAAUGGAAAGCCAGCCAAGGUAAAAGAGAAAAUAACAAAAUAGUUUUAUAUUUAUCACUUCAUAUUCUUCGUUUUUUGGAUUGAGAUUUUUGACUGAUGCAAAAUAAAAAUGUUUAUGAUUACUCUUAAUUUAGUUCAGUUUCUUUCUAUUCUCAAUCAAUAAUCUCUUUUCUUUUUUGCAUAUUUUAGAUUAGAAAUAGCCCUUGAGUGUUUUCAGAACUUAUAUCUUCAAUAAAAGAAUAGCAAAUCAAAGCUUUGUCAUUAACAAAGAUAAAAAAAAAAUUACAACAAAAAUGGAGAUAAGAAAAUAUAUUUAAACUAGAUUUAUUUGAUUCCUUUAGUGUAUUGAGAAAAGAAAGAAACAAAUUUACGAUUGGGUGGAACUUAUUCGGCAAAUAAAACUUAGAAAUCCAAAAUUAGAACUUUUUUUAAAGGGUUAGUGAAACUAAAAAGAGUCAAACUCUUCAAUGCUCAAAUUAAAAUUGCAUCAUGUUAAAUUUCUUUUUAAUGAAAAUAUUCUCUCCUGACCUAAUUAAUUUUUUUUCUUUAGAUAUUGGAAAACUCAUAUGGUCAAAAAAAGAAAAAAGGUAAACUUAAAUAAAAAUAUGUCAAUAACAUACUCACAAUGGACUAAAUCAAAUCUCCAUUUGCUCGAAGGUGUUUAUUAUUUGUGUGGUGAUAAUUCAAAGAAAGAAAAUAUAUUUACCUUUUUCAUUAUAAUUUCUAUAAAUACAUUAUAUUUUUUAUAAAUAAAUAUUUACAUAAAAAUAAUAUCUGUGCAUAGCACGGGAGAUAAUACUAGUAUAGAAUAAUUCACGAGUUAUUGGCUAAUUCUUGAAAUUUGUUCAACCAAAUAAACCAUCUAGAAACGAAAACAACAAAGAUAUUACAUAUAUAUAACUUAAACAAGAUAACUGAAUGGUUACCCAUUGAUCUCUCUCUCACCUAAUAACAAUCUUAAGAUGUUACAAAUUCAAAAACGAAAAUAGAAAGAAAAAGGGAGAAAAGAAUCACAUCUUUGCCAAUUUACACACUCGUGCUUUGUCUAUUCUUGGUAGGUUUUGUUCUUCCCUCUUUCCGUUCUUACAAUUUCUUGUCUCUCACGGAACACACAGAAACAACAAAAAGAAAGAUUUCGCAGAGAUCAAAUCGAUUCCAUCACGUGUGUAACCGCAAUGCGCAAUUGGGAGAACCCGGUUAUGCUUGCGUGUAACACGGCUUCAAAGAAAAAUCUACCUUCUUGUAUUGUCUUCAUCAUCAUCUUCAUCACCUUGUUAUGUCCGGCCGUAAUGUCUCAAGUGGUUGUGCCAGGUUCAGACGCAGAUUGUCUCUUGAGAUUCAAAUAUACAUUAGCAAAUGGUUCGGUGUUUUUUAGUUGGGAUCCAUCAACAUCACCAUGUCAAGGAAAUGACGCAAAUUGGUUCGGUGUUCUUUGUAGCAACUACGUUUGGGGGUUACAACUCGAGGGACUUGAAUUAACCGGGAAACUAGACCUCGACCCAUUGGUUCCUAUGAAGAAUCUACGAACCAUAAGCUUCAUGAACAAUGAAUUCGAUGGACCAAUGCCUCAAGUUAAGAGGCUCACUUCGUUGAGAUCUUUGUAUUUGUCUAAUAACCGGUUUUCGGCGGAGAUACCCGCGCUUGCAUUUCAAGAUAUGUCUCAUUUGAAGAAGAUUUUGCUGGCUAAUAAUGCCUUCCGAGGAACAAUCCCUUCUUCUUUAGCUUCUUUGCCAAGGCUUGUAGAGGUGAGGCUAAAUGGUAAUCAAUUUCAAGGGCAGAUACCACAUUUCAACCAGAAGGAUCUUAAGUUAGCUAGCUUUGAGAACAAUGACCUUGCUGGACCGAUACCUGAAAGCCUCCAAAACAUGGAUCCAGGCUCUUUUGCAGGUAACAAAGAUUUGUGUGGUCCUCCCUUAAGUCCAUGUUCUAUUUCCCCUCCAGUAAUUCCUGUUGAUCCAAGGUCUCAUCCAAGUCCUCCUCUUAGUCCUCCACAGGGGAACAAGACCGGUUCAUUUAGCACUAUAGCGAUCAUUAUGAUUGUUCUUGGCAUACUACUAGUGAUCAUCGCACUUGUGUUCUGUUUCCUUCAGUCAAGAAGAAGAAGAAAUUUCUUGUCAGCUUAUUCUUCCUCUGGUAAGGAAAGUGUAGAGAGCUACACUUAUCAUGAACCAGUGGUUAGGACCAAUAAACCCGCGGAAUCUCUUGUGAAUCACGCAAGGAGAAGAUCAACGCCUGAUCCAGGAGGCAGGCUUCUAUUUGUGCGGGACAAUGUUCAAAGAUUUGGUCUUCAAGAUCUUCUUAAAGCUUCAGCUGAAGUUCUUGGUAGUGGAACGUUUGGUGCUUCAUACAAAGCAGCAAUAUCUAGCGGACAAACAUUGGUCGUGAAGAGGUAUAAACAUAUGAACAAUGUCGGAAGAAAUGAGUUUCAUGAGCAUAUGAGAAGGCUAGGGAGGUUAAACCAUCCGAAUCUAUUGCCUCUCGUCGCUUACUAUUACCGGAGAGAAGAGAAGCUUUUAGUCACUCAGUUUAUGUCUAAUAAUAGCUUGGCAAGCCAUCUUCAUACUAAUCAUUCAGCGGAUCAACCUAGUUUGGAUUGGAUCACACGUCUAAAGAUCAUAAAAGGAGUAGCAAAGGGUUUAUAUUACUUGUUCAACGAGUUACCAACAUUAACUAUCCCUCACGGUCAUAUAAAGUCAUCAAACGUGGUUUUAGAUGAAUCACUCGAGCCGUUGCUAACAGAUUACGCUCUAAGACCAGUGAUGGGCUCAGAGCACGCGCACAACUUCAUGACUGCAUACAAAACACCAGAGUAUGGACCGGCAAAAGAACAAGUCUUGACAAAGAAGACAGAUGUUUGGUGUCUCGGUGUGUUGAUAUUAGAGGUUUUGACAGGGAGAUUCCCUGAGAAUUAUUUGUCGCAAGGUUAUGAUCCAAACAUGAGUCUUGUGACUUGGGUUAGUGACAUGGUUAAGGAGAAGAAAACAGGUGACGUGUUUGACAAGGAAAUGGAAGGGAAGAAGAAUUGUAAAGGGGAAAUGAUUAAUUUGUUGAAAAUAGGGUUGAGAUGUUGUGAAGAGAAAGAAGAGAGGAGGAUGGAGAUGAGAGAAGCUGUGGAGAUGAUUGAGAUGUUGAGAGAAGGAGAAUCUGAUGAUGAGUUUGGUUCCAUGGAUCAACGAGUGAGUAAUGAUUUAUAUUCUUCAAUGUUGUGGGACGAUGAUGACUCGUUGAAUCGAUGAGUUAUUCGGAUUUUCAGUCAUUUCUUUCUAGGAAUCAUUUGAACAUGUAUAAAAGUGCCGUGGUGGCUUUACCCGAGAGAAGAAAGAAGAACAUGUGAUGGAUUGUUCUUCUUUCUAUUGUUAGUGCAGAUCAUUAAGAAAAAUGUAUGAGCAGUUUAUGGACCAACAAAUAUGUAUAUAGUUUGUAUCUGUAUAUCCCCAUCGUUGUCAGCUUUAGUUCUUCACCAUAACCUGGACUUUUAUAGCAUUAUCAUCAGCUUUAGUGCUUGUUCUUUGGUCCUAGCAAUUAGCAUUUGUGGAGUGAUCUUUCUUUCUCUCAUAAGGUAGAUUUUUACAACUCUUUGAGAAAGAUGAGAUGUGUAUUAGAAACUUUUAAAAUAUUUAUGUAAAAAUGGUUUUGAAUUCACUACAAGAAAAAUGGCUUUUAUUAGCGGACGAAAACCGCUAUCUAUCAAUACGAAAGCGGUUUAUGAAGCGUUGUAUCAUCGCCCGUCAUAAUAGGUCAAGCACUUUAGAUAGCGAUUUUUUGCGAUGCUAUCUUAUUGUCAUAUAUUAUAGUAUUUUUUUAUGCAAUUAAAGAGUCUUUAAUAGCAUGAAUUUUUUGUUAUUAUUUACAUUAAAAUUUAUUUAUUUUAGAAUUAUUUAUUUCAAAAUUAUUUAUUUUAGAAUUAUUUUUUAUUUAAUUAUUUUAAAAUAAAAACUUAAUUAAAAUUUAAAAUUAUUCAUAGAAUCAAAUUUUCUUUAUUACUUAAAAUUAUCUAUAAUUAAAUUGGUUUACAAAAAUACAAAAAAAAAUCUAAUUAAAUAAUAAACCAACAAACUAAAUAAACCAAAAACUAAACCAGGCUUUAACCUAAUUACUAACUAAACACACCACCACUUUGUUGUCUUCUUCAUCUACCGGCCGCACCACCACCUUCGUCUUCGUGUUUUUCCAUGACCUUCAUCAGUAUCCAGCCAUGAUUCUUCUACUUCAUCUUGGGAUUUGAGAGGCAAGUUGCAGUGAGGAGGCAAACGUCACAUCCAUCUAGACCUAAUCUCGCCGCCUCCUCACCAACUUGCCGUCAGCUUCCUCUUCCUGAAUCUGAAGCCGUCAUCUUCCUCCUCCAGCCGCCAUACCUGCCUUGCCUUGCUUCCUCCAUCCCUAAAACAAACAAUACAGUUCAAAACAGAGAGAGAGAGAGAGAGAGAGAGAGAGAGAGAGAGAGAGAGAGAGAGAGAGAGAGAGAGAGAGAGAGAGAGAGAGAGAGAGAGAGAGAGAGAGAGAGAGAGAG